ACAAAUUUAUAUAAAUAGAUGGUGGUUAUUCUCAACUGUGCUCUAAUUCGAACCAAUAAAUCAGAUACUUCUUUGUCUAAAGCUAAGAAUGCGUGCCUCGCUAUUCCUCACUGUUCUCGCUGCUGCUGCUUUUGCCGGUGUCUUUGCUGCUCCUGCACUUACUGAGGAUGGUACCACUGCCAAUAUCGAUCUUUCUAGCACUGUUAAUGAAUUGGUUAGACGCGACAAAGAUCAUGACCAUCACCAUAAGCACGACUGGCGCCAUAAUAAAUAUCAUCACCGUCCUCCUCAUUAUUUGCCUCCUCCACCCCCUCCCCAUCAUAACUGGUGGCAUCACGACAGAAACCACCACGAUCAUCAUCACCAUUAAACACGGUUGCUUGCAUAACUUUUAUCAAAAAUCUCCCAGUCAUACUAUUUUCAAAACAUGCCAUAUUUUAUUUAUCCUCAUUCAUGAUUCUUUGUCAAAAAACGACAAGCUUUAUUCAUUAUAGCUGAAUCUUUCUUUUAACUUAUUUUAUCUUGUUAAUAAUGACAAUAAAAAAUUGAUUUACUUAAAUGUAA